CAUCUUUUUCAAUGCGACCUUGUCAACCGGGCAUGACUGGCUGACGUCCACGACAACAUGAGGGGAAUAAUGAGGGUUGGCAUCUCCGUUCCUGCUCUUAUACUGCUUCGUCUCCAUUUUACCUCCCGGGCUUUUUUAGUCUUGUUUCGCCUUUGGGGCGUCGCUUUCUCCGUUGCUGGGCGUUCUCUUUCUCGUGUCUGCGGCGACGGCGUCGGUUCUGAAGAAUCAUCUGCUGUCCAGGCGUCUGCAGGCUGUGCUGGACAGGGGAAG